AUGCUUAUGUACACAAAUGGAACGUUUUUUUUCAACGGAAAAGGUUCAUUAAUGGAAUUUUUAGAACAAAUCGAAAUGUUACGUGCAUCUCGUGGACUUUCUGAAGAAGAAUUAUUUAUUAAAAGUUGUGAAUUAUUCAAAGACGCUGCCUUAACAUGGUUCCUUACAAACAAAUCUAAGAUUACCUCAUGGGCUAGUUUAGUUGCUAAAUUAAAAAAAGAUUUUUUACCGAGUAACUAUCAAUUUGAUUUAGAAAUACAAAUUGCGAACAGGACACAAGGCCCUCAGGAAAGUGCUACAUUAUAUAUUGCUGAAAUGGAGAGUUUAUUUAAACGGUUAGAGAUAAUUCCUGAAGAAACCACUCGUGUUUUAAAGAUACGUAGAAAUUUAUUACCUUUAUUUGUUUCCCAAUUAGCUUUACACGACACAAACACUAUUGAUGAACUUUCGAAUUUAUGCAAGCAAAUUGAAGAUUCACAAACCUGGUCAGAAAGAUAUAGAAUGCUCCAAAGCGACAACCCUCGCGGAUCAUGUAGUCAAUCAUUCAGAGAACACAAUGCAAAAACAUCCAAUAAAGUACAGUUCAAGGAAAACAAAAUUUCUCAAAAUGUCUCAACUCUAGCUCAAGUAGUUUGUUAUAAUUGUGAUAGAAACGGGCAUAAGUAUAGUCAAUGCCGUGAUAUUAAAAGAAUAUUUUGUUAUGGUUGCGGUAUGAAAAAUGUAGUGAAAACUAAAUGUAAUUUUUGCGCACAAAAAAACGCCUAUUCGACUGCUUACCAAUCAAAACCUCUGUAUCGUCAGAGACAAGUACAAAACAUGCGAAUACAAAGCAAAACCUAA